GACAGAUUGGUUGAGCUUAAUCAUUUACACCACUCCAUGAGCUUCUCGUGUGAGAGCCGAAACAUGACCAUGAGGCCAGUAUGCAAAGCAAAAACCAUGUUUUUACGAAACCCAGAGAUUGCAAGAUGUUGGUCAAAGUAUUGUGAACUGUUUGGAGUAUUUUGCAAAGCUGGCGAGAAAACACUGCACGCAGACUGUUUUACCUGUUCUACAUGUGGAACCUCGUUAAAGAACAUAGGUUACAACUUGGUGAACGACAAACUUUACUGUGAGCUACAUGCCAAGCAGCAGAGGCAGAACCAAUUCCUCGAAUUGCGAACCAUCAAUUUAACUUUUUAUACUUCAGGAGGUACGGAGACUGUAAUCAGCGCGCAGAAUGUCAGUGGAUUUGUUACGCGACGAGGUCGAGGCAUUCUUCAUGAAUUCCAGGAAGGAGUUCGAAUACCGAUUUGUGAGUCGUGCAAUCAAGAAAUACGUGGUCCGUUCGUACUGGCUUUGAACAAAGCGUGGUGUCCGGAUCAUUUCGUAUGCAGCAGGGCGGAUUGUCGUCGAAAACUGCUCGACAUAGGCUUCGUCGAGGAACACGGACGAAUCUACUGCGAAAUCUGUUUCGAGAAGUAUUUGGCACCCGUUUGCUCGAAGUGCCAUUCGCCGAUUAAAGGAGACUGUUUGACCGCGCUGGGACAAAAGUGGCAUCCGAACUGUUUCUGCUGCACUACAUGCAAACGAUCUUUCGGAAAUUCCUCGUUUUACGUCGAAGACGGGCUGCCCUACUGUGAAGAAGACUGGAAUGCCCAAUUUACGACGAAGUGCUACUCGUGCCAGUUCCCUAUCGAAGUCGGCGACCGAUGGGUCGAAGCCAUGGGAAACGCCUAUCAUUUGGACUGCUUCAAGUGCACGGUUUGUUAUAAGAGCUUGGAAGGACAAAGUUUCUAUUCGAAAAACGGUAGACCCUACUGCAAAGCUCAUAUAUAG